UGUGUUUCCCUCCACUGCGACACUUUCCCGCCUUUUUACUUGCCCUAAACAACCCUAGCUAGCUAGCAACCAUCCCUUUCCCCAUUCCAUUCAGUUCUCAUGCCUCUCUUCUCUUUUCGUUGAUUUGGCGCUCUCUCUCUCUCCUCCACUUUGGAUCUGUUAUUUCAGAUUCGAUUUUAGCACAAUCAAGAACACCAGGUUUUUUAAAUUGAAAAUUAAGUCAAAGAUGGAAAAGACUGAAUUUAGCUGCACAAAAGGAGCCGAAGCAGUCUUAAACGUUCCCCCCAACUCGUCAAUCCCGAUUCUAUAUCACCCUCUUUUUGGUCCUCAUGAUAACCUACUUCUUCUUGAGCUUGAUGAAAAGCUUCUUCCUGAUGUCAUUAACGAAAGAGUAAGCUUAAGAGGAGAGCCAAAUGAAGACGCAGUUCUCUGCACAAAAUCAAAAACAUACGCCGUAAAAUUCGUUGGAACCUCAAAUUCCGUGUUCCUAGUACCUCCAUCUGAACAAUUCGUAGUCGACGAGAAUCCACCAGUCGCAGCUGUCAUUAAGGUGGCUCCGGGAAUCAUGGAGCUAGUCGAGGUGUCCCCCAAAAUCGACAAACUUAAAACACUUCUUUUAGAAAAUCCAUACAGAUACGAUGAAGACGAUGAGAUGCGUGAUUCUAAUUUGUAUCAAUGGGAUGACCUUGUUAACAAGGUUCAAGCCAGUGAUGAUGAAUUGAAAUCCGCUCUUAGGGUUCUUUCAGCCGUAGAGAUUAACGGGUAUUGGAGAAUUGUUGAUGAUAAAUACAUGGGUCGAGUAUUAAAGACACUUAUAAAUAACUCAAUUUUAAACGACCGGUCUUUGAACUCACUCGAUGAAAAUGAGGUUGUGGAAUCUUUAGUGAACGAUGGAAUCUCUCGGGUUAUUGCACGCCAUUGUUUGGAAGUUUACAGUAGCAAAACGAAUGGGGGUGUUUGGGAACUGGAUAAGAAACGGGUUUGUGUGCAUUUUGCACGAGAGAUACUAUUAGCUAAAGGAAAGAUGAAUAUGGAAAGUUUUAUGGAGGAAUGGAUAAGUAAAGUGCCUGGAGGAAUGGUGGCGAGUUUGGAUAUGUUGGAAGGGGAAAUUUUGGUAGAAAAACUUGGAAUUCAGUCUUGGGUUUAUGCGUUUAGCGUUUCGUCUUUGCCCUCGGAUCCUGCGGGUCGGUUUUCGAGGCUGUUUCAAGAACGGGCCAAAUGGGAGUGGAAGGAUUUACACUCUUACAUCAGGGAUCUUAGUGUUCCAGGACUGACUUCAGAUGGUUUACUUCUUAAAUACACUAGAAGAACUCAGCCUACUGCCGAUGCUGAGCCUGUUUUUACUGCAAGAUGAUUUUGUGAGUUUUUGUAUCAAGUAACUAGGCUUCUUAAUCUCAAGCUACUUGCUUUAAUUUCUGUUUUCUUUGUAGUUUAAAUUUUUGUUAAUAUAACUGUUUAUACGGUUGGAUUGAUUAAACAUGUAAUGAUAAUUAAUGGACGUUAAUCCAAAGGAA